AUGGGCGGCGACUCCCUGGCGUGCAGCAGCAGCUGCGCCGCUGCCGGCGACCGUGGCGGCGGCACAGGCCUCGGCGUUGGCAGGCACCACGUGCGGCGCGGGCCGCGCAUAUCGGUGCAGCUGACGCCGCUGCCGCGCGUGACCCUGGAGUUUGACCGCAACGGCCGCCGCGCCGGCGGCCCGCGGUCGAGCGGCUGCAGUGGCGCCCCUCGGCCGCCGCGGUGGCAACCCAGCGCUGGCAGCCGCGCCGCUGCCGGUCCCGGGAGCCUCCCGCAGUUUGCCCUGGGUUCAAGCGGCGGCCUCGCGCCGGCGCCCUACCAGGAAUGGGGGCCGUACCACCCUCCCUCACCGGAAGAACAGCAGCUGCUCCGCAGCCCCAGCGCCAGCCAGUCUGCGGCGGCAGCCGCGCCCGACGCCGAUGCCGCCGAUGCCGUGUUCAUUGACGGCCGCGAGCUGUCCGGCGUCCGCGCCGCGCCGGCCGAGGCGACCGCCUCGCUCGGCGCCGACGACCUGCCCGCCGACUGCGGCGCCGCCGUCGCCGCUGCCGUCGGCGAGACGCACCUGCUGCAGUUUGGCGCCAUGCUUGGCGAGGCGUCCUGCCGCGACGCGCUCGCGCGCGCGGAGGCCGCGGGGCCCGUCGGCUCGAGCAGCGGGUCGCUUUAUGGGUCUCCUGACACGGACGCAUUCUUCGGCCCCUGGGAGGCGGUUGUGCAGGAGACGGCCCCGGGCGUCCUCUACUGGGGCUGGCGCCGCCCGCUGCGGCGCGGGCUCUACCUCUACAUGACCCGCAGCGUGUUCCUUGGCGCCACGCCGUCAGAGCUGCGGGCCUUUAUGCUCGACGACGCCGGCCGCCUGCGCUGGGACAAGAGCAUGGCCGCGCUCGGCCCCGCGCUGGCCGCCGCGCGCAACGGCGGCGGCGGCGGCGCCGCGGCGGGCCAGCGCGAGUCGGACGUGAUGCACGCGGCGGUGCGCUUCCCCAAGCCGCUCGGCCAGCGGAGCUACACGUACGCGCGCCGCGUGUGGGCGCGGCCGUGCGACGGCGGCUGCUACGUCCUGUCGCGCGCGUGCGGCCAGCCCGCGGCGUGCGGCGCGGGCGCGCCGCCGCGCGGCGUGGCUGUGACAGACUACUGCAGCGGCGCGGUGAUCCGGUCGCCGCCAGCCGGCGUCGUCGGCGCCGACUACGAGGGGCCGGCGGCGGAGUGCCUGAUGAUUUACUUUGAGGACUCCCAUGUCAGGGCCGGCCUCGCUAACCUCGGAAUAAAGAAGGGCCUCUGGCCGAUGCUGCAGCGCACCGACCGCGCGCUCCGCAGCUACAUCCGCGCCGGCGGCGCCGACGCGGGCGCAGACGCGUUCGCGGGCUGCUGCGGCAGCAGCGCCACCGCGCCGUGCACCCCACGCAGCGGUGCACCCGCCGCUGCGUCUGCGAAUCCGGCGCGCCCCGGCGGCGGCCUCGGCCUCGGCCUCGGCGGCCUCCUGCGCUGCGUCGGCGCGCCCCUGCGCGCGCUCGCGUCAGCGGCAGGCGCGCUUUUGGGCCUGCAGGCGCGCGUCGCGUCGCUGCUGCCGCGCCUGGAGCUGCGCCUGCUGCGCUGGCUGGCGUCGCGCGUCGUCUCAGGCAGCGCCACUGCGUUUGCACGCAUCCCGGCGCCGCAGCUGCUCAUCCGCGGCGCCGGCAGCGCCGCCGCCACGCCUGCGCCCUCAGCCGCGGCCGCCGCCGCCGCGCUGCGCCGCGUGGGCUCGCACCCGCUUUGCGACUUUGCCGCCGGCCCGCCGCGCCUCGCGCGCUCGGCGUCAGUGGGCGCCGCGGCGGCGGGCGGCCUCGUUCGCGUCGGGUCGCACCCGCUCGCGGUGGAGGACCUGUCUUCGUCGCUCGACGCCCCCGAGACGCCGUCCGCGCCCGCCGCGCUGCUGUCGCGGUCGCCGUCGGCGCCCGCCCGCGGCUCCCCACAGCAGCAGCAGCAGCAGCAGCAGCCGUGCGCGUGCUGCGAGCGCGGCCGGCUGGCGUCGGUGGGUGCCGGCUGGCCGGACUCGCGGCUCGUGGCCGCGGAGGCUUUUGAGCCGCGCCCCCGCUGCCGGGCAUACCCCGCCAGCUGUCCCGCCGCCAGCCGCGCGGGCAGCGACGCGAGCGGCCCUGUCAGCGUCGGCGGCGCGAGCUGCGCUGCGACGGCGGCCGCGGCCGCCGCUGCGGGUGAUGCUGGGCGCCGCGGCGGCGUAAGCGGCGGCCUGCAGCGGCGGCGGUCGGGCGGGCGCCUCGUCAUGCGGCUGAUCCAGGCGGCCACCGUCAGGGCCGCCCACAAGCUGCUGUCGUCUCUCGACGCGCAGCAGCAGUGA